ACCACCAACGACCAAUUCAAGGACGAUUGACGACCUUUCGCACUCGCCAUGCCUCCCAAGUUCGAUCCCAAUGAGGUGAAGAUCAUUCACCUGCGAGUGACUGGUGGUGAGGUCGGAGCCCAGUCUGCUCUGGCUCCCAAGAUUGGUCCUCUCGGUCUGUCUCCCAAGAAGAUUGGUGAAGACAUCGCCAAGAACACCGGUGACUGGAAAGGUCUCCGUGUGACGGUCCGUCUUACCAUCCAGAACCGUCAGGCCGCCGUCUCCGUCGUGCCCUCGGCCUCUUCUCUGGUCAUCAAGGCCCUCAAGGAGCCUCCCCGUGACCGCAAGAAGGAGAAGAACAUCAAGCACAGCAAGUCGAUCCCUCUCGAGGAGAUCUUCGACAUUGCCCGCCAGAUGCGCCACCGCUCCCUGGCCAAGGAGCUCAAGGGUACCGUCCUUGAGAUGCUGGGUACUGCUUUCUCCGUCGGUUGCCAGAUCGACGGUCGCAGCCCCAAGGAUGUCUCCGAUGACAUCAAGGCUGGCGAGAUCGAUGUUCCCUCGGAAUAAAUUAUGAUCCGGAUUUUCAAGAUGGUCGUCAAUCUGUAUUGGCAUGCUAGUUAACGAAAAUACGAUCAUGAUCUUGCCCGAAGUGUUUUACUUUUACGAGUUAUGACAUUUAAGAUUCCCAUUGGUCUAAUCGACCAACCUCUGUUCACUUUCCUUCCUCUCUUUUUCCUUUUGUCUUUGCUUUCCAGUUUACCUUCCAAUCUCCAUGGACUUUAUGGUUUACUCGCCCUCGGUACGAGCCAGAUCAUAUACAUCCAUCCCCUCCAACCUUUGCAACACUCUGGCCCUUACCGUCCUUUCCCGCCUUCGGGCCUGGAUUGGAACCUUUUACCACGUGGUAUAGGCUUAUUUUGCGCAAAGGAGAUCAACGACCCGCUACUCACCGCGGUAUCUUAAAAGGGGGAGCCUCGUGCUCUUCCUCGGUGGAUACAGUGGUCCAUUUUACGGUCUACAAACCUGACAAGAAAGUAUCUUUUGUUUUCUUGUCCCCCCAUGGCACGUGUUAUCUACCGGCCAUGGGAUGGGGGUGUCCCCACCCCCGCGUAGCUUAGUUAGUCGUAGAAGCAAUCAAACAAUCAUUCAAUCAAUUUCCGAGACUCAAA